UUAUUAGAUACACUCACCGGCCAGUUAUUACAUACACUCACCACCCAGUUAUUACAUACACUCACCACCCAGUUAUUACAUACACUCACCGGCCAGUUAUACUACACUCACCACCCAGUUAUUACAUACACUCACCACCCAGUUAUUACAUACACUCACCGGCCAGUUAUUACAUACACUCACCACCCAGUUAUUACAUACACUCACCACCCAGUUAUUACAUACACUCACCGGCCAGUUAUUACAUACACUCACCACCCAGUUAUUACAUACACUCACCGGCCAGUUAUUACAUACACUCACCACCCAGUUAUUACAUACACUCACCACCCAGUUAUUACAUACACUCACCGGCCAGUUAUUACAUACACUCACCCCCAGUUUUACAUACACUCACCACCCAGUUAUUACAUACACUCACCACCCAGUUAUUACUACCUCACCGGCCAUUAUUACAUACACUCACCGGCCAGUUAUUACAUAAAACUCACCACCCAGUUAUUACAUACACUCACCACCCAGUUAUUAAUACACUCACCGGCCAGUUAUUACAUACACUACACCCCCCCGUUAUUCCCUACACUCACCCCCCCAGUUAUUACAUACACUCACCGGCCAGUUAUUACAUACCUCACCCACCCAGUUUUACAUACACUCACCACCCGUUUUUACAUACACUCCCGGGCCCGUUAUUACAUACACUCACCACCCAGUUAUUACAUACACUCACCGGCCAGUUAUUAGAUACUCACCGGCCAGUUAUUAGAUACACUCACCGGCCAGUUAUUAGAUACACUCAACCGGGCCCUUAUUAGAUACACUCAAACCCGGGCCCGUUAUUAAUCACUCACCGGGCCCGUUAUUAGAUACACUCACCACCCAGUUAUUAGAUACACUCACCGGCCAGUUAUUACAUACACUCACCGGCCAGUUAUUAGAUACACUCACCACCCAGUUAUUAGAUACACUCACCGGCCAGUUAUUACAUACACUCACCACCCAGUUAUUAGAUACACUCACCGGCCAGUUAUUAGAUACACUCACCACCCAGUUAUUAGAUACACUCACCACCCAGUUAUUACAUACACUCACCACCCAGUUAUUACAUACACUCACCGGCCAGUUAUUACAUACACUCACCACCCAGUUAUUACAUACACUCACCGGCCAGUUAUUAGAUACACUCACCGGCCAGUUAUUAGAUACACUCACCGGCCAGUUAUUAGAUACACUCACCGGCCAGUUAUUAGAUACACUCACCGGCCAGUUAUUAGAUACACUCACCGGCCAGUUAUUAGAUACACUCACCGGCCAGUUAUUAGAUACACUCACCACCCAGUUAUUAGAUACACUCACCGGCCAGUUAUUACAUACACUCACCGGCCAGUUAUUACAUACACUCACCGGCCAGUUAUUAGAUACACUCACCGGC